GGUGAAUUGCGGGCGGUGAAUUGCGGGCGGUGAAUUUUCCUAGAGUCGUAACCAACACCGGGGGUCGCAUCCGGUGCCGGCUUUUAUUUGAGCCAUGUGCAAAAGCAUCUGGGAGCCCCCACUCCUGACGCCAUUGGCAAAUUAAUAUUUCGCGCCAACUUUUCUUGGAUGUAGUUAGUGACUUUAGAAUAGUCGAUAACACAGAAAAUGUAGAAAGAAACCCUGAAGAAAUCUGUAUUAUUCGAUGUCGGUUAGGAAGCAACCUUACAAAUCUACAGCGAAUGUUAUAGUUAUUAACCUUCUUAAGAUCAUGUAACAUGAACUCAUGAAGUGGUCAUUGAAUGAAGCCGGUAGUGUAGUUCAACAUUGGAACACAUUGGAAUACUACCCUUAUAUUGCCUGAUAUUGCCUUAUACUUUGUCCAUGGUGUCACACAUGUGUUAAAGAUAUCUCUUAUUAUUUUUGUGUAUUUAAUUGUAUCGCGUUAACUAAAAAGAGUAACCAUGGCGGAAUUUGUGGAGAAACGAUGCGAGGAUAUGAUUCCUGAAUUAGAACAAAUGGAAAGAAUCAAACUUUUUGAUAGAAACGAAAUUCGAGGUAUCGCAAAAAAGCUGAAAGAAUAUGAAUAUAAAAUUCAACGGAAAUCAAAAACUAAAGAAGAUUAUUUGCGAUAUAUUCAAUAUGAAAUGGAUCUUCUUAAAUUGAUUAAGCAACGCAGGGAUAAAUUUGGUAUUAAUCAGAAAAAGUCAGAUAUUGAUCAUACUAUCACAAACAAAAUGAAUCGCUUAUACACAGAUGCAAUAUAUAAAUUUCAAGAUGAUAUUCGUUUUUGGAUUGCUUAUAUAAAAUUUUGUAAGCAUGUUCAUUUUCACAACAAUGUUAGUCACAUAUUAGGCAGAAUGUUACAAGUACAUCAGGACAAACCUAAAUGUUGGCACAUCGCUGCACGUUGGGAACUGGAAGAAAAUAAAAAUAAACACACUGCACGUCAGUUCUUUCUUAGAGGUUUACAUAUACAUCCAACUUCUCAGUUAUUAUUUACCGAUGCUUUCAAAUUAGAAUUAGAUGAUGCAUCAGGUAACGAUCAGAAGAACGAAAAUAACAGUGACAGUACAUCAGUGAAUACCGAUGAUGAUAUGUCUAUUGGACUAAAGAGAGCUUAUAUCAUAUAUCAACAAGCAUCAAAGCGUAUUAAAGAUGUGAAGUUUAUAAUAGAACUAUUGAACAUUACAAAGGAACAUAGUAAUACAGAAAAGUUACAAAAUAAAAUUGUUAGCGACAUGAUACAAGAAUAUCCCCAUGAACCUUUAAUGUGGGAUACGAUGGCGCGAAGAGAAUUGGAAGGACUUAUUCAACCUUCCCUUAGCGAUACAGCAAUUAAAACUGACAAUUCAGAACAGACCUCGUUAAGAGAUCGUAUAACAUCUUGUAAUAAGGUGUACCAAACAGCAGUUAAGAAGAUAAAAACAGAAGAAAUGUGGUCCUUAUAUAUAGAAUGCUUAAUAGAACUAAAUCAGAAAACUGGAACUUUGCCAAAUUUUAAAAGAAAAUUAUUAAAAACUGCUUUAAUGCAGGCUCAUCAAGCUAAAAAAUUAAAGGAAAAAUAUUAUUUGUAUUGGAUUAAUAUGUUUGAUAUUGAUAAAAAAGAUGAAGCAGCUGACAAAAAGUUGAAAGAAAUCCUUUGCGUGGCAACUGAAACUAUACCCAGUAGUGUGAGUCUUUGGCACGCGAGAUUAAGGUAUUUAUUGGUUUCUGAAGAAGAAGAAGCUGAAAGGGUCUUUCCAAAUGCGAUACAAGCCCUCGGAGAAAAAUCAUUACCAUUGUGGAAGAUGAGAAUAUUACACGUGCAAGCAAAAUGUCCCGAAAGAACUGACGAAAUCUUCCAAGCAGCACUGCAAGGACAUUCAAACGUUGCUCAAGAAUUAAAACCUGUUUACUUGGAAUGGCUCGUUCUGAGCAAAAGUAUACAAUCAACACGGAAAGUAUACGAUAGUUUAUGUCUGCAACCUCCUUUCUGUCUUGAACUGCACAAGAAGAUGAUUGAAUUAGAACUUAUGCAACCGAAUAUAUUGUUAAAAAAUAUAAGAAAAUGCCAUGAAAUGUCAACGUUACAAUUUGGCAAAAAUGACACUAGCGUUUGGAUAAAUUAUAUAACAUUCGAAAUGAAGCACGGUGACCCGAAGAAAGUUGGAGAAAUUCAUGUUAGAGCAGUAAAAAGUUUAGAAGCAAGUUUAACAGAUUCCUUCAUUGCAGAAUACAGUUUAAUUAAAGCUAAUCCAGAUUCGUUGCGAACAAAUACGUAAGCAAUGGAUUUAAAUACUAUAAUACGUGUACAAUGAAAACAUUGCUAAUAUAAGUGGACUUUUUAUAUACUUAAA